GUAGGUUCCUGUUGUGCUUCUUCUGGAGCGGAUUCUCCCGAAGGUGCUUGUUCCUCUACAGAUUUCUGUGUUGCUUCGUCUUUGGGCUGUUCAACCUGGGCCGCCUCCUCAACAGGAGAUUCCUGUUCAGCAUUAUUUGUUGAGUCUAAUACUUUUGGUUCUUCGGCCAAUUCCGAUUCAGGUUUUGAUUCUUCAGAUUGGACUGGAUCAGGGGUUAUCUCUGAUGUGGUGUCUUUGGUUGAUGCCUCUUCUACGGGUGCCGAGACUGGCGUUUCAGCAGAUUCCUGGACAGAUGCAUCAGUAUCUGCUGGUGUUUCAACUGGUUUAUCAGCUGGGGAUUCUGCCGGUUUGUCAACUGGGGUCUCCGAUGGUGUUUCUACUGAGGCCUCAACAGGCGUUUCUACGGGAGCUGCUGCCUCUGUAACUGGUUGUGAUUCUAGUGUUUCAGCUGGGGUUUCAGCUGUUUCUACAGGAGCCUCGGAAGGGGUUUCAGCUGGGGUUUCUACAGGGGCCUCGACAGGUGUUUCUACUGGGGUUUCGGCUGGUAUUUCUACUGGGACCUUGGCUUCGACAGGUGUUUCUACUGGGGCCUCUGCUGCUGUUUCUACUGGGACCCCUGCUGGGGUUUCUACUGGAGCAUCGGCCUCGACAGGUGUUUGUACUGUAGCCUCGGCCUCGACAGGUGUUUCUACUGGAGCCUCGGUAUCGACAGGGGUUUCCGACGAGGUCUCUGCUGGUGUUUCUGCUGGUGUUUCUGCUGGGGCCUCGGCCUUGACAGGUGUUUCUAUUGGUGUCUCGGCAUCGGUAGGUGUUUCUACUACAGCCUCGGCCUGCGCAAGGGUUUCUACUGGAGCAGCAACAUCGGCAGGUGUUUCUACUGGGGCCUCGGCUGGUGUUUCUACAGAGCCCUCGGUUCCUGUUUCAGCAACAGGUUCUACGGGUGCGUCGACGGGUAUUUCAGCUGGCGUCUCGGUUGGGGCUUCAGUAGGUGAUUCAGAGGGCGUUUCUGCUUUGCUAGCUACUUGAUCAGCUUCUGGAACAGAUUCUACUGCAUCAUGAACCUCGGCAUCUUCGUUUGCAUUUGUAAUAUCGGACUGAGCAUCUACUAUAG